AUGCGUUUCUCCACCAUUGCCACCGCUGUCAUCGCCGCCGGCGUUGCCAACGCCCAGGUCGACUCCAUCAUCUCCCAGAUCACCUCUGCUGUAGGCGGCGUCCCUUCUGACCUCGCCUCCGUCGCCUCAUCCGUCGGCUCCGAGAUCACUUCCGCUGCUGCCUCCAUCACGAGCGCGGGCGGCUCUGCCGCUGCCUCCGGUGCUUCUUCCAUCCAGAGCGCUGCCGACUCUGCCAUCAGCAGCAUCGCCUCCGAAGCCGCAAGUGCUACUGGCUCUGCUGCCAGCGAGAUCUCCUCUAUCACCCAGUCGCUCGGAUCUGCUGCCAGCUCUGCCGCCAGCGCUGCCGAGAGCGCCACCGGCACCGGUGCUGCCGACUCCAACAACGUCCCCGCCAUGGGCGCUGUUGCUGGUGGUCUCCUUGCUCUUGCCGGUCUCUUGUAA